UGAUACCGAUUCAGUCUUCUUUACGAUUCCAGAAACUCAUUUCUCUGAAAUCGACUCUCUCUAUUCUCAUGCCAAACAACUCCACUACUUAGAAUCUAUAAAAAAAUCCAUAGAAUUCACAAAACAGAUCACACCUGAAGUAAACUAUUUCAUGGAACAGGAAACGGGUCUUCCAUUUAUGACCAUGGCAUAUAAAAAAGUUCUUCAUCCUUCUAUUUUUCUUCACAAAAAACAAUAUAGUGGCAUA